UUUCUUUCCCUCCUCUUCUUUUUUAUUUUUAAUGGGCCUAGAAGCACAAGGAUGUGAGUUUUACAGCUCGUUAUGAAUCUUCUCAAAUUUACUGACUUCUGUCUGACUCUGGGGCCGGCACAAUGCUUCUGCUGUGCAAAGAAAACCAGACCAAAUUACCUGAGCGAGAGCUUUUUCAUGGUGAAAGGAGCGGCGCUCUUCCUGCAGCAAGGAAACAGCUCCCAGGGCCAGCGAAGCCUCCAGCACCCUCACAAGCAUGCAGGUGAUUUGCCCCAGCACCUCCAGGUGAUGAUCAACCUCCUUCGCUGUGAGGACAGAAUCAAGCUGGCCGUGCGUUUGGAAAGCGUGUGGACGGACAGAGUGCGGUACAUGGUGGUCGUGUACAGCAGCGGGCGGCAGGACACGGAGGAGAACAUCCUGCUGGGAGUGGAUUUCUCCAGCAAGGAGAGUAAAAGCUGCACUAUAGGAAUGGUCCUUCGCUUGUGGAGUGAUACUAAAAUCCACCUCGAUGGCGAUGGUGGCUUCAGCGUGAGCACCGCAGGCAGGAUGCACAUCUUCAAGCCGGUGUCAGUGCAAGCCAUGUGGUCUGCCUUACAGAUCCUCCACAAAGCCUGUGAGGUGGCGAGGAGGUACAACUACUUCCCUGGGGGAAUGGCCCUGGUCUGGGCCACGUACUACGAAAGCUGCAUCAGCUCCGACCAGAGCUGCAUCAACGAGUGGAACGCGAUGCAGGACCUGGAGUCCACGCGCCCGGACUCUCCGGCCCUUUUUGUUGACAAGCCAACUGAAAGGGAGCGAACAGAGCGGCUCAUUAAAGCCAAACUCCGGAGCAUCAUGAUGAGCAAAGACCUGGAAAACGUGACUUCCAAGGAGAUCCGAAAUGAGUUGGAGAAACACAUGAACUGCAACUUGAAAGAAUUCAAGGAAUUCAUAGACAAUGAGAUGCUGCUUAUCCUGGGUCAGAUGGACAAACCGUCUCUGAUCUUCGAUCAUUUGUAUCUGGGCUCCGAGUGGAACGCCUCCAACCUCGAGGAGCUGCAGGGCUCCGGCAUCGACUACAUCUUAAACGUGACCAGGGAGAUCGACAACUUCUUCCCUGGGCUGUUUGCGUAUCACAACAUCCGAGUGUACGACGAGGAGACCACCGACCUCCUGGCGCACUGGAACGAGGCCUAUCACUUCAUCAACAAGGCCAAGAAGAAUCACUCCAAGUGCCUGGUGCACUGCAAAAUGGGAGUCAGCCGCUCAGCAUCCACUGUUAUAGCUUAUGCCAUGAAGGAAUUUGGCUGGUCCCUGGAAAAAGCCUAUAAUUAUGUGAAGCAGAAGCGCAGCAUUGCGAGGCCAAACGCAGGCUUCAUGAGACAGCUCUUGGAAUAUGAAGGCAUUUUGGAUGCAAGCAAGCAGCGGCACAACAAGCUGUGGAAGCAGCAGGCGGAGAGCAACCUGCCGGCGAGCACGGACGGCAGCGCCGGCACGGGAGACAUCCUCCUGGAGAGCCUGGACAUCGACCUGGAGAACCGCCUGGCCGACCUGGACACCCCCGCGCAGCCGGCGUUCCUGGACAACCGGGGCAGCACCGAGGUGCCCGUGGGCUUCACUUACUGCUUCCGGCGCCUCUCGGAUACCCUCCUGGAGAACAAGAUACCGGGAGACAGGGAGGGCUUUUUCCAGGUGGAGGAGCUGGAGCGGGAUGCGGUUGCGGAGCGAACUGGCCUGCCGGCGGGACAGCCUCUCCCUGCGUCUUCCGAUGGGAGGGUGGAAACGGCCAAAGCGCUGGAGCCGGCGGAGCCCGCGACGGAGCUGAGCAGCUUCUGCGAGAAGGAAGUGAGGAAGAAACUGGAAUUCAGCCCCCGGAAGGGAAGGAGAGUGCCCGGCCCCAGGGACCCGGGCGAGGAUGGUGUCAGGGAGGAAAAUCCUAUGGAGAGGUGGAAGCGUCGCUUGUCCAUGCACAAGGAGGAGAGCAGGCUUAAUAGGGAGAACUUGAAUAACAACAACAGCAAAAGGAGUUGCCCGGAGGAUUUUGAGCACGACGCCGUGUUUGGGAUCCUCAGUAAGGUGAAGCCCUCCUACGGCUCCUGCGCCGACUGCAUGUACUCGUCGGCCGGGCUGUCCCCGGAGGCCUUCGGGGAGCCGGGUCCCGCGCGGCGCGGCGCCGCCCUGGGCUCGCAUCCCGCCCUGGUGCCGCUGCUGGGGCCGGUGCCGCUCAUCCCCGAGGACGCGGAGAGCGAGGAGGAGAAGGCGGAGGGCAGGCGCGCCGGGGAGGCCGCGGCGCUGAGGACCUCCACGCCGGCCGCGUGCAGGCCGGAGCACCUGAGCAGCUUCACGAAGGACUUCCUGAAGACCAUCUGCUACACGCCGUCGUCGUCGCGCAGCUCCAACCUGACGCGCAGCUCCAGCAGCGACAGCAUCCACAGCGUGCGGGGCAAGCCCGGCCUGGUGAAGCAGCGCACGCAGGAGAUCGAGACACGCCUGCGCCUCGCCGGCCUCACCGUCUCCUCGCCCCUCAAGAGGUCCAACUCCCUGGCCAAGCUGGGCUGCCUCGACCUGUCCUCCGAGGACUUGUCGAGCGACGUGGACGUGUCAACCAUCACGGACUCCAAGGAGGCCGCGGCCAGCGGGUCGUCCGUGCUGUGCGAGCCGCCGGGCGCUCCGCGCAGCGCCGACCUCAGCUGCGCGCUGCUGGCCAAGGCGGCCGUGGGGAACCUGGAGAACGUGCUCUGGAUGGGCAAGAGUUGA